AUGGAAACUGAUGAAUUUCAAGGAAAAAAUGGAAUCCGAUUUGAGAAUGUCAAUUUGGUAUUUGAGACCGAUUGGUCAAGCGGUUUCCGACGUGAGCUGCAGUUAUGUCCAGCUCUUAUUUUGGCAUCUGAGAAUUCGAUAGGAAAAGCGAUAAAGUAUAUCUAUAGUCGAUUGGCUGCAAGUUCCGUAAAAAUUGACCAAGGAAUUCCUGAUCUUGUUGUAUCACUCAUUGCUACAACCAAUAAUUUCGAUCCAUCCUCCCGGCAAAAAGUUGAGAACGCAUUAUCGCGAAUUGCAAUAAGCUGUUGUGCUUGGUUCAUUUCAUGUGGCGAAUCUUCUGAUCCACUUGCUCGGAUAAUUUCUAAUAUACUUCGUUCUCUUUUUCUUACCCAUGGCUCGAUUAAUGAAACACUUAUUUUUCUCGUAAAUAAUACGAAUGUUAUCGCUAAUGACAUUAACCAUUCAGUUCGUAUGAAUGAUACUCGAUAUAAUACUUUUUGUAUUUUAUGGUCGUCACCAAAAGCAACAUUAAUGGAAUCGGCUUUUUUUCGAUCAGUUUUUGCUAUAAAACUUGCAACGCCACCACCAGGUGAAAAAAAUUUGGCCUUACUAAUUAGUGUGUCAAAUGGCAAUCCUGGUAAUGGAUCGUCCCAAAUACUACUAUCGCCUUCUGAUUCUGGCCCCAAACCUAUUCAUAUAGCGUUUUACUGUGGAAAUGAUUUUUUGUCACUUGUCGAAUUAAGAGUCUGUCUGCAAUCAGGUGUCCCAGUAAUUAUCUUGCAGGAUAGCAGUGAGCUUUGUGCAAUUUUGAGUAGUUCAUGGCUAUUAUAUCGGAGUUCAGCGUUCGAUUAUGAUAAAUGGUUAGAAUGGUUAGAUGCAGAGCUUCGAAGUGUAGCCCAGAACACUGAUUAUUAUACGAUGGAUGCAAUCAACGAUGCUAAGGAAAAUAUAGCUACGCUGAUCUCAUCAGCUUCAAGUGAUAUUACUUUGUUGGAUUUCAUAACUAUUGAUCAGUUGGAUGAAUUUAAUGAUCGUAUUCUUCAAUUAUGUAUUCGUUGUGCUACGGAAACCGCAGAUAUCUAUCGAGUCUUGCAACUUGCUGUAAAACUGCAAACACCAUCAAUUAUUCAGUCAACUGAACUUUCUUUAAUAUUUGCACAACAAGAGAUUAGCAGAUUAUGUGAAGAAGCACUUCUUAUAGAUUCUCGGAUAUCUGUUCUCUCAGCAUUACUGGAUCAAGGUGUACCUAUUAAAAUAUCUUUAGGAUUACUAACAGAAAUGGUUGAAAAUUUGAAAGAUCAAUGUUUCUUCCAUGAUGUUAUCAUUGGUCAUUCGUUGGGUCGAAGUUGCCUUUCUAAUAUUGACAUUCAUUUCAUCGAGCAAAUUAACCGAUUAAUGGAAUGGCUUUCUGGAGGCAUUAAAAAUCUUUUCCCAAGAGAAUGUUUUGAAAGUUUGGAUAAUGAUAUAGAUGAUGGUCGAUCACUCCAAAUACUUUCUCUAUGGGCUUUAAUUUUAAAUCGUGGUGAACUUGCCAAGUGUCUUUGUAGUUAUUGUUUGGAACCUGUACCUUUAUCACUUGUUAUGGCACGAAUCGCUAAUGCAUUGGCUUAUGAAGCUCGUGAUUGGGUAUUUUACGAGAAUGGCUUUCUGAAUCUUUCAAAGUGGUUCAGCAAUCACAGCACAGCAGUUCUGGAAGCAGCACAUAUAGAAUCUCCGAGAAAAGCCUAUAAAAAUUUAUGUAUACCUCUUGAGUGGUUCAAUAAUCUUACCAUUACUGAACUUGCUUUACAAGUAUGCAUAAUUUUAUUUUAUCAGAGAGGGCAAUUUUCAUGUGAUAUCUCAAGUUUUCAUCUAUCUUAUUUUCGUUCAGAUUUCUUAUUUAUUUUUCAGACCAAUGAUAAACAAUUCAUUGCACAUCGUUGUUGCCAACGUUGGGUUCAUCGUUUACUUUAUGCUAAUUUACAGGUGAUGGUUUGUGAUUUGUUUUAUUCUGGUUCAAAAAAAGUGUCUUGUUCAAAGGGAUUGCUUAAAAUACCUCAUUGGUUGAAAAUUCUCAUCUCUGCUUUAUUAAUAUUACCGAUACGUUUCUGGAUGUAUCAUCAAGAAUUAAUGAUUCGAGAACCUAAGGAAAAUUCGCCAAAUUUUUUUAGUCCAGCGAUUGCUUUUUUGCAGUGCAAUCGGAAAUCUAGUAAAAUCCAUGCUCAUUCUACCUACAGUCAUAUUUCUUCAAGGAGCAGUCAGAGAGAAAUGAUUCGCGAUGAACGAUCAUCAAGUGAAAUAACAGGUACUCCACAAUCAGGAAUUAAUCAAGGAGUCUCAACAGGAUUCCAUCCCAGAGAGACCAUUAUUCUGGAGGAUAUCGAUACUCCAGAUUGUCUAGCGAAGCAAAAGGAUCGAACGAAAUUUCGUUCUAAAACUUCUAUGGCAAUAAAUAUUUUUUAUACAAUUCCAAUUGUCAAGUUUUGGCUUUCGUUGGCAUUUCGACUUAUUCAUAUCAUUCUCAUUGCUUAUUCGAGUUUACUGAUUCAUUUAUUACAGAUUAUGCUUCCUGGUUGUGGUUCUUUGAUGUUAGAUAUAUCGAUAUGGGUUUGGACAUUUACAAUGUUACUUGAAUCAUUAUGGGUAUUUUCGAAUCGACUCAGUCGAGCAUCUUUCCAACAACUUUGGUGGCGUUUUUUCGACAUACUCGCCAUAUCGUCUCUUUUAUUUUCUAUAUUUGUUUUCAAAUUUUUGAAUAUGCUGAAUCAAAAAAUUUUUAAAACCAUCAGCCUCGCUCAUAACACUCGAAUUUUUUCUUCUUUUUUACUUCUUUACCUAUGUUAUUCAACAUUAUUUCAUUAUAUCCCAUUAUCAGAAAUUUUUGGACCUUUAAUGGUUCGCGUAAAAAUAAUGGUGAUGAGAGAUUUCACCAAUUACCUUAUUUUUACAGUUCUUGUCAUUGUAAGUUAUCGUAAAUUUUGGUUUAUUUUCAGUACUGCUGUCGCUUAUCAUGUGAUAUUAUAUCCAGACAUUGAAUUCGGCUUUAAUAGUUUUCUUAAGGCGAUUUCGUGGGCAUGGUUUUCACUAUUUACGGUUGAUUUGUCAGGUUUCUUUAUUGGAUUCUUUAGUUUAAAUGAAUCAGAAUCAUGCAAGAAAUCCAUACUGAGAGAAUCAAAGGAUCGGUGUACGGCAGUCGGUGGCUACACCAAAUACGAUUGUCCAUCGCAGUCAUGGGCUGGAUAUUUUGUAGUCAUCGAAUACUUCAUUCUAUUAAAACUAAUCAGUUGGCCAAUACUUUUUGCAUUGUUCGCAAAGACAGCAAAAGAAGUUGAUGAAGAAGCCGAUCGUAUUUGGAAAUUUCAAUUAUAUUCCAUUGUUGAAGAUUUUAGCAAAAUUUUUUUCUUUAGAUUGCGGCCACCGCUUCCACCACCUUUAACUCCGAUAUAUUUUCUUUAUAUGUCGUGUUGCCGUACCUCAGAGAAUUCUUCUUGCACCUCCAGUUCAAAUCAUCUACUUGGAUCAGACCAUCCAGAUGUAGAUGAUAGUGCUAGACGUCCCAUUUCACUUCCUCGGUUCGGCAAUGUAUAUAAUAUUCCAUCAUCCGAUGAUUUUUCUACAGAUGUUUUCUUUAAGGUGAAAUCUGUUGAAAUAUGGUUGAAACAUAGAGCCAAACCCAUAAAUUCUCAAUUAAAAACUGUACAACGACUUGAAGAGCAAAUGAAAAUUUUAAUUUCAUCAUCAAAUUUUACUCUCGGAAAUCAUUCGACUUCUUGGUAUGAAGAAAUAAAAGCUAUUCCAUACAAUGCUGAGGUCAAAAAAAUUUCCAUUCUCGACAGAUUCACACCUUGGAAUGUUCUUAUCAAAGAUUAUUAUCCACCGUUAUACUGUAAACCAAUCGAGUCUUUUCCGCAAGAAAUGCAGAAAUAUGUUGAUUCCCUCACUAAUCAAAACAUGGCAGAAAUCAGGAAAUAUUGGCGCAAGAAGCAGCAUUCAAGUUUGUUUGAUUCAUUAAAAUUAUCGGAAAUUUGCGUUUCGCCAUGUGGUAUCCCACUUAACCCAAGAGGGCGUCAAGGCAUUAUGGGCCGCGGUGACCAUGUCAAAUUUGGUCCAAACUAUUAUUGUAUAUAUGUGAUAAUGCAUGGUAAACCGUUUACAUCUAAUGAUUUGAAGGUUUUAAUGGAAGAUAAGUCAUUACCAACACGAUGGAGGUUUGAAAUGGGUCGUCGUGAUGAAUCGUUAUCAGAAAUAUUAAGGAAUCUGUCGAUACCCGACUCGGACAUAUUUUCGAAUCAAGGUCUGUUAAAUGUCGGUGAAUUUGAUUCGGGUGUUGCACAUGUUGAACGAAGUUGUCGGAAUGAUCCACGUGAUACGGAUAAUUCAUGGGCAGAAAACGAUUUAUGGGCUGUACAUUUAGGAUCUCGAUAUAUGGAAUGUAUUCUUCCACAACCCUAUUCUUGGCAGUCUAUGUAUGCGAUUUCUUCUUCAGAUAAAGAGAUGAUUCUUAAAUGCUCAGAAUAUUACAAUUUGCCUUAA